GAGAGAGCAGGGAGAGAGGGAGGGGUUAAGAGAGAGAGGGAGAGAGAGAGAGAGAGAAGUGCCCAGCCCACUGGCGGAGACAGGCAGAGGUCGGCCGCUCUAGCUCGUGGCGAUAUCCGGAGCUUUGCUGUACUUUUACGCGAUACGACAUCACAUUUAAACGCCCUGUCCAGAUUUUGCAACGCUUGUCUUCAGCAGUUCCUGCUCUAACACGGAACUGAAGACAAGAGAUGGCGGUGUGGAUCCAGGCACAGCAGUUACAGGGUGACGCUCUGCACCAGAUGCAGUCCCUCUAUGGUCACCACUUCCCCAUCGAGGUGCGACACUACCUGUCCCAGUGGAUCGAAGGGCAACUCUGGGACACUGUAGACCUGGAGAACCCUCAGGAGGAGUUUAAGGCCAAGCGCUUAUUGGACAGUUUAAUUCAGGAGCUCCAGAAGAAGGCGGAGCAUCAGAUGGGGGAGGACGGCUUUCUGCUGAAGAUCAAACUAGGGCACUACGCUUCACAGUUAAAGAGCACCUACGACCGUUGUCCACUGGAACUGGUGAGAUGCAUCAAACACAUUCUGUACACAGAGCAGCGACUCGUCAAAGAGGCUAGUAAUUCGUGUUCUCCACUGGGUGGGAUGGUGGACAGCAUGUCUCAGAAGUACCAGCAGAUCAACCAGGCGUUCGAAGAACUUCGAAUCCUCACACAGGACACAGAGAAUGACCUGAGAAAACUCCAGCACAGCCAAGAGUAUUUCAUCAUACAGUACCAGGAGAGCCUGAGGAUACAGGCCCAGCUCACGAGCCUGUCUACACUGCCCCCUGCUGACAGACAGCUGCGAGAACCCAGCCUCCUCAGCAAAAGAGCUACUGUUGAAGCGUGGCUUACCAGAGAGGCUAACACACUUCAGAAGUACAGACUGGGUCUGGCCGAGAAGCACCAGAAGACUCUGGCCCUGUUGCGGAAACAGCAGACAGUGAUCCUGGACGACGAACUCAUCCAGUGGAAGAGACGUCAGCAGCUGGCGGGAAACGGAGGACCACCUGAGGGAGGCCUGGACAUCCUGCAGUCCUGGUGUGAGAAGCUUGCGGAGACCAUUUGGCAGAAUCGUCAGCAGAUCAGACGAGCAGAGCACUUACGACAGCAGCUGCCAAUCCCAGGCGCCAUAGAGGAGCUGCUCAACGACCUGAACAGCACCAUCACUGACAUCAUCUCUGCCCUCGUCACCAGCACAUUCAUCAUAGAGAAGCAGCCUCCUCAGGUUUUGAAGACGCAGACAAAGUUUGCUGCCACCGUGCGCUUGCUGGUGGGUGGAAAACUGAACGUGCACAUGAACCCACCACAGGUGAAGGCCACCAUCACCAGUGAACAGCAGGCCAAGGCCCUGCUGAAGAACGAGAACACCAGGAAUGACAGCAGUGGAGAGAUCUUGAAUAAUAACUGUGUGAUGGAGUAUCACCAGACCACGGGCACUCUGAGUGCACACUUCAGGAACAUGUCCCUGAAGAGAAUCAAGCGUUCAGACCGCCGAGGGGCGGAGUCUGUCACUGAGGAGAAGUUCACCAUCUUGUUCGAGUCACAGUUUAGUGUUGGAGGCAAUGAGCUGGUGUUUCAGGUCAAGACGCUGUCAUUGCCUGUGGUGGUGAUCGUUCAUGGUAGCCAAGACAACAACGCCACAGCCACAGUGCUGUGGGACAACGCUUUUGCUGAACCAGGCCGUGUGCCAUUUGUCGUGCCCGAUAAGGUCCUGUGGCCGCAGCUGUGCGAAGCUCUUAACAUGAAGUACAAGGCAGAAGUGCAGUCGAACCGAGGUCUGUCGGAGGAGAACCUGGUGUUCCUGGCGCAGAAGGCCUUCAGCAGCUCCAGUAACAGCCCUGAGGAGUUCCACAGCAUGACCAUGACCUGGUCCCAGUUCAACCGGGAAAGCCUGCCAGGAAGGAACUUCACAUUCUGGCAGUGGUUCGAUGGCGUAAUGGAACUGACGAAAAAACACCUGAAACCUCACUGGAACGACGGAGCUAUUCUGGGUUUUGUCAAUAAGCAGCAGGCUCAGGACAUGUUGAUGUCCAAACCCAAUGGAACCUUUCUGCUGCGCUUCAGUGACUCUGAGAUUGGUGGCAUCACCAUCGCAUGGGUGGCAGAAAACCCCAACAAAGCAGGGGAGAGAAUGGUGUGGAACCUCAUGCCUUACACAACCAAAGACUUCUCUAUCCGCUCUCUGGCUGACCGUAUCAGUGACCUGAACCACCUGCUGUUCCUGUACCCCGACCGGCCUAAGGAUGAGGUUUUCUCCAAGUAUUAUACGCCUCCACUGUCCAAAGCCGUGGAUGGUUACGUCAAACCUCAGAUCAAACAAGUCGUCCCUGAGUUUGCUACACCUAAUCCUGACCCAGCCGCUAAUCCCACCUACAUGGAUCACGCGGCUUCUCCGGCUGUCAGUCACCCACAGAGCUAUGGCAUGUACCAGCCCAUGAGUGACAGUAUGCUGGAUGCUGACGGAGACUUUGAUCUAGACGACACCAUGGAUGUAGCACGGCAUGUUGAGGAACUCCUCCGCCGACCAAUGGAGAACCAGUGGAGCGGCCAGCAGUCAUGACCCCUCACCCUUUCACCUCUGACCUUUCUCCCUCCUGAUUAAUCUUUAAUGUGAAAAGCUCAGUGACAUGGUUCUUUUAUUUCAGAUUUUUUCUGAUGUCUGCAUUUUGUUCUCUUCUCUCUCUCUCUCUCUCUCUCUCUGCACGUAUGCUGCAUGCAGAGCUCAACUGUUUUGUCUUUUCUCUUGUGUGAAAGAGACGAGGAUGAAAAUACUACUGGCUUUGUCCUCAACAAAAUACCAGCUUUUGCUUUGAAAUGAAAUUGUCUGAGGUAGCAACAACAACAAAAAACCCAAACAGAAAUUGUACUACUGUAAGAAGGUAUUUUAUAGUCAGAUUGUUAUUUUAUCUUUUAUUUUAUAUUGUAUCCAGAUUUUUUUUUGUUUUCAAGGUUCUUGCAUAGAGUCGAUUGCACUCUGGAACUAAUGCAUACUUGGGAAGAAGAUGAGAUCACUGUUACCAUGGUGAUUGUUAUGUAUGUUUCUAUACACUAAAGGGUUUUUCAGUUGCAGCAGAGCUUUUGAUAGUGCACCUACACAGGUCCAUAAACAGACAAGACUCAACCACAUGUACACACACACAUGCACACAUAAACACACGUGCACACACACACACACACACAUAAACACACGUGCACA